UAACUGGAUGGUUUUCCUAGGAAAUCCUCAUACUUGUAACUGCUCCACGUUUCUGAAAGGCCGGGACCUGUGUAAGCAUAUCUGCUGGGUCUUGUUGAAAAAAUUUAAGCUUCCAAGGAAUCAUGAAUCUGCUUUCCAGUUGGGACUCGUGGAAGGAGAAAUCAGUGACUUGCUCCGGGGAACACACCGAGUUAGAACUCCCCAACCAGAAACAAAUGGGGAAACUACACCGAUUGAAGAAGAUGGGCACAUAAAGCAAAAGGAAAUCGACCCAGAGGACGUCUGCUCCAUUUGUCAAGAAGUGCUGUUAGAGAAAAAGCUUCCUGUCACCUUUUGCAGGUAUGGCUGUGGCAAUAGUAUUCAUAUAAAAUGCAUGAAGAUCUUAGCUAAUUUUCAAGAAAUGACAACAAGUACUUCCAUGUUGAAAUGUCCUCUGUGCAGAAAAGAGUUUGCACCAUUAAAGCUUAUUUUAGAGGAAUUCAAAAACUCUAGCAAACUUGAGAGUGCAGCUGAGAAAGAGCGACUGGACAAACACCUUGGGAUUCCCUGUAAUAACUGUCAACAAUUUCCAAUUGAGGGGAAUUGCUAUAAAUGUACUGAAUGUAUCGAAUAUCACUUAUGCCAAGAGUGUUUUAGUAACUGCUGCCAUCUUUCCCAUAUAUUUACAUUUCGUGAGAGAAGAAACCAAAAAUGGAGACCACUAGAAAAAAGAUCAAAGGAAACUGUAAAAUAUACAGAUACUGAAAAUGAUAUGGAAGAAAAGUGGCCACAUUUUCAAGAAAAGCAAAGCCAAGUUUGUACACCAAAACAGAUGGUAAAAUCUCUGCCUCUCUUGCUGAUUACAAAGAGUAGUAAACUACUUGCUCCAGGCUACCAGUGUCGGCUUUGUCUGAAGGCAUUUCGUCUUGGUCAACAUAUAAGAUUGCUCCCAUGUACUCACAAGUUUCACAGAAAAUGUAUUGACAAUUGGUUACUUCACAAGUGCAAUUCGUGCCCUAUUGACAGGCAAGCUAUAUAUAACCCUUUAAUAUGGAAAGAUACAGCAAUGAAUGGACAAGCACAUCAGUCUGUUUCAAAGACGGAUAUUACUCACCCAUCAAAACAAGAACCACAGCUUUUUGUUCCUGGUACUAGAGUAGUCUUACAACAAAAUAAACUUGGGAUUUUACCAAGCAUUUCUCAAGAGAAUUCUGAAAAAUUGAGUACAUCUUCAAGUCCAGCAGAUCAGAACACCAUAACAGAUCAUUUACACUCUAUUAAAUUAAGUGACUCAAUGUCAAGAAAUCUAACCUAUGAAUAUAAAAUUAGCCAACACUUCCCCAGGUAUCUUCAAGAUUUGCCAACUGGAUCACUUGGGAAGAUAUCAACUCAAACAUACCUUCCUUCUAUUGCGCACAAUGUUAUAGGCCCUGACAGUUGUCAUUACCAGACGAUGGUUCAAGACCCUACAGUUAUUGACCACAAUCCAAAGAAGACUCUUGGUGCUAAAAUAAGAGAGGACAACAAGAGAUCAAAUACAUUAUUUCCAGAGGAUUUAAAUCUUAUUGUCAAUUGGGGUACAACUAAACUUAGUUUGUCUAAAAGGUAUAAUAAUUGUAUGGGUAAAAUGAGACCUAAGUGUAGUCAUUUAGCAAGAAGACCAUUAUCUCACCCCUUCAAUGCAAAAAGUAGUACUGAGAUAACCUUAGUAAUGGAAGGAGUUCAAUUGUAAAGAGAAAUAUUUUUUUAUUAACAUCAGAAAAUAUUUAAA